AGGGUUUGGACGUGCAAAGUAACGGGAAAAACUGGCUUGACUUAUGAACAGGCUUUGGUGUCAGAGAAGCUUGCUACUGCGAAAGUUCAACAGAUUCCGGAAGAAUUAAUGGUACCGGCACUUAGGAUUAUUCAGUACAGUAAGUUCUACUUUUGGUCCAAAAUGAAAAGAAAAAGUUUAUGUUGAACGAAAUUGAACUAUGUUUCCUUUUUCUUUGUGGCUUAUUAUUGGUUAUGCUCAUUUAUUUUGCAUGGGUAAUUUGAAAAUUUUCGUUUUUUCUGCAUUUGUUGAAAUUAAAAUAUAUGGUUUAAAGAGCUGUCUUUUAAUUUGCUUUGUUUACAAGGGUUUGUUAUUGUUAAAAGUUUAUAAUAUACAGUAUUAUAAGCACCUUUGGAGGAAAUUAAGAUGAUUGUGAAGAAGCACAUGUAAUGGGAUGUGCAUAUUGAAUCCCGCAGUAGGGACGGUGACUUUAAGAUGGGACGUUACUUUUGAAUGAUCGAACAAAAGGAAUUUGUCCAUCAAGUUAGCAGUUCAAUGCAAGUAUUGCUUUUUACUAUUUAUUCUAUAAAUUGUCCUAAGCCUCAUGUCUAUCUCCUAUGUUGGUUAGCUUGAAGAUGAGUAAGUUUUGGCUAAUUAGCUGGUAUAAGAGAUUAAAUUAUUGCUGGUUAAAGCAAGCCAUGCCAAAUAUGAUUUAGGUUGCCUGUAUAUAUCUCGUGGGAGCCUCUUCAAUUUGUUUCGGUAGACAGAAGUUUAUGGGAGGAGAACCUGCCUCAUUCCAAGGUCUGGACACAAGACUCAGGGAGAUCUUGAAAUGGUAACGAAGAGUUAUAGAUGAUCCACUAAUGAAGGAUUAGCUAAGUAUAUAUGUCUGCAUCCUAACAUCUUGUGACUUUGAGGCAAUUAAGAACUGUGGUUGUGAUGGUUUUUCCCUUCAGAUUGCUUAAAUUGUGAAUCAUCAAUUUCUGCACGACUCUGACUUUUGAUCAAACAAUGCUAUAUACAUCAAAUGAAGGAGUUUGCUAAAUUCAUCUUAUGUAUUAUUACAAGUGUUUAUCACAAUUUCUCUUAGAAAAAUUCGUAGGUUUUGGAACUUUAAAAACUAUGCUUGUUUAAGAAUUGGUAUGAAAAAUUUUAGGAUAUAUAUAUCAGAUGUGGUUUCAAGUUAUAGUAUGCUUUUAACCUUUACCUGAUAUAGACGCUUCACAAUUUUAACUUCUGUACUUUUAAGUGGUCUUGUGCUAUUGCAGGCAUGCUCCCUUUGAAGGACCUUGUUGAUUCUAUUGCUGAUAAGUUGAAGGAGCAGUUGGUUGAGGGCUCUCAAUUGUAUGGAAAAAAGAAUGAAAGAGUGUGUCCUUGCAAAAUAUUGAGAGUGAUGCAGAAAGAUGCUGAAACUGUCAGCUAUGUGGUGGCUUGGCUAGAUGAAAGCAAUAAUGUUAUUGAAAGAGCAGAAGUCAGUUCUCAAGAUUUGGUGCAGAAGAAGCCACCUUUUAGUAGAAAUAUUUUGAAGUCUUUUGUCCGUGAAUGUACAUAUCGAAAUGCUCCUUGGGUUUUACAUGAUAAACUUGCAAAAAAUCAUGGAAUCUCAACUGACAUUCCAGAGGAGUUAAGAGGAAAGGUUUCCUUUAACAAUGGACUCGUGGUCUUCACCAAAAAAAGAAAGCAUGAGGAAGAGUCUAUCAAAUAUCCAAUUGAUGAUCUAUUAGUGAAGCCUAGUCCAGAUGAUCCAGUUUUCAGUAGUCGUCCUUCUCCAUCAAGAGACUUUAAUGUUCCAAUUCAUUGUGUAGGGGAUCUCUUAACGGUUUGGGACUUUUUAAUGUCUUUUGGUAAACUGUUACAAUUAUCACCGUACUCUCUCAAAGAUUUUGAAAACGCAAUCUGUCACAAGGAUAGCAAUGUUGUUCUCCUGGUGGAAUCUCUUGCAGUACUCUUUCGUGUGCUCAUCAAAGGUGAUGAUGAAUACUAUGCAGCUGUUCAAGAUAAAUUACCGAAGAAGAUUACAAUGAUUAGUUGGAAAGACUAUUUAUGCAAGUUUUUAGAAAUGAUCAAAAUUCCCAAGCUGCAGCAGUAUGAAGCAACAAUUAAACGGGGACGUUAUAGUUAUGUAGAUGUCAAUGCUAAAUUAGAAAUCUUUUGCGAAUUAGUCAAUCGAGCCCUUGAUACAGCUAUUGUCAGGGAAAAAUUGCAUGAGUUUAUUGAACAAAGGCGGGUACUGGGAGCUGCUAAAAGGGAAGAAGCAAUUGAAGCUUCUGCAAAGAGAAGAAAAGUAAAGGAGCAGUUGAAAGCUGAUUCUGGAAGCACCUGUGGUGAGAAUGGGCAUGAUCUUGAUCAGGAUGCAACUGUCUCAGCUGAUAAUAGUCACAGAAUACAGAAUGGUAGUAUUAGAAAGAAUAGAAACAGUGAGACAGAAUCAUCUACGCAAAAAUAUGCAUUCGAUAGUGGUAUCAAGCAUUCAAACCUUGCUUCAAAAAUGUCAGCUGAAAAGUUUGAUUCUGAGCUUAAUCGAUCUGCACUAUGCGGAAAAGUAUACAAUAGAAAGGAAUCACAGAAACAACCAAUAGGUGAUAAGGAUCAAUCAGAGAAAAGCUACGAACAAAGGAGACAAUAUUUUGAUCGGGAGAUAGAGAAAUGGUGUGUUCGUACAAGUUUCCUAGGUAUGGACAGAUAUUAUAAUAGGUAUUGGUGGUUUUACCGUGAUGGAAGGAUAUUUGUUGAAAGUCCUGAAUCCAAUGAGUGGGGAUACUACAGUAGCAAAGGAGAGCUUGAUGGAUUGACGAGUUCACUGAAUUGCAAAGGCGAGAGGGAGAGGGCACUGCUAAAACAACUGAAAAAAUAUUAUGGUAGAAUAUGCUCGGAAUUGCAGAAAAAUUCAAAGGAUUUGUUGCAUAAGACUACCCUGGAUGAUUCUGUGGUCAGAAGGUCUACACGUGUUCGCGCACCACCUAGGAAAAAUCCUGCCAAGGCUUUCCUUAGAUAUGUAAACAAGUGGAAAGAAGAGUAAGUAAAUCAAGGUGGUUUGACAUUUGGUGAAGCUCUUCAAACUUAUGAAGUUUGAAACUUUUGAGGGACUUGGAUUUUUAUACAUUAGGUGGAUACGUUUUUGGGGAGGUUUAGUGAAUCCGUAGUUCAUAGGUACAAGGUUCGUAGUCUUUGGGAAUAGGGAUCGUUUUUCAAUCCAUUUUUGGAAGAUGGACAAGCAUUCAUUGAUGCUUGUUUUUGAAAUUUUGCACAUAACGUUGCAUGAUAGUAAAAUCUAGUAUGAAAGUGUCGUUUUACUCUA